AUUUAAACCACAAUCAUGAUAAGUCGUUUGCGUUCGAAGCUUGCUAAAACCACUUUCAACGAAGAAACCAAAAUUUGGCGGGGUGAAAUUGUUGAAACGGUUUUUGGAGCCCAAGAUUCCGUUGGCUCUGCUGCUAUAACAGCAUUAUUAAAAGAUCCCGAUCAUAUAGCCCAGAUUUGUUAUCCAAGUGGUAAAGAAUAUACAAAUCGGGAGAUAGCUACCCUCUCAAUACGAGUGGCCCUUAAUUUGCAAAAACUUAACGUAGUACAGCUGGAUGUAAUUGGUUUGUGUGCUGCCAAUAGUGAUUUUGUGGCUCCUCUAACAUUUGGUGCCCUGCUAUGUGGCCUGAGCAUUAGUACUUUAGAUCCUAGUUUUGAUAAAAGAGGAAUUGCUCAUGCCUAUGCCAUAACAAGACCCAAAAUAAUGUUCUGUGAUGGUGAAAUUUAUGAUAAAGUAAAGGAUGCUUUAGAAGAGUGCAAACUUUCCAGCACAAUUAUAUACACCGUGAGUAAACACAUUGACAAGGUGCCAACAUUGAUGGAAUUAAUGAAGAGUACUGAAGGAGAAAAUGAAUUCAAAGCGCCAGUUUUGCAAGAUGGUUGCAAUCAAGUAGCCAUGAUUUUGUGUUCAUCGGGUACUACGGGUUUGCCAAAAGGCGUAACCAUGUCACAUGCCAGUAUUUUAAAUGCUAAGAAAUUUGAAAUGCUUCCAACAGAUAAAUUCCUUUGUUUUAGUACCCUUUAUUGGUUAACGGGUCUUGUAACGUUGGUCCAUGGUACUAUAAAUGGUCUAACUCGCGUUAUUUCUAACCGACCUUAUUCACCAGAUGAUUUCUUUGAUAUAGUCGAAUGUUACAAAGUGAAUAUUGUUUUAAGUCCACCUUCACAGAUUGCAAUGACUCUCACAUCGAAGAGAAUAUAUGAAAGCGAUUUGUCCAGUAUUGAUCUGUAUAUGGCCGGUGGCAGUGCUGUUCCCUACAGUCUUGUUAAAAAAUUUAAGCAGUUUGCCUCGAAUGCCACCUUUGUCACUGGUUAUGGUAUGAGUGAAGUUUGUAAUUGGGUGGCAUAUCACGAAAUGGAUGCCAAAGAUUCAGUUGGUCCCUUAGGUAACAACAUUGAGGUUAAAAUUAUCAAUGAUGAUGAUCAUAAUUUGACCGCAAACGAAGUUGGUGAAGUGUGUAUACGUACGCUACAUCCCUGGGCUGGUUACUUCAACAAUCACGUUGCCACUAGCAGUAUGUAUGAUGAAGAUUGUUGGAUACAUAGCGGUGAUGUGGGUUAUUUCGAUUUUGAUGGCAAUUUAUAUAUAAUCGAUCGCAAGAAAGACAUUUUAAAAUACAAUAAUUUCCAUUUUUAUCCUACCGAAAUUGAAAAAGUCAUCAUGGAGCUAUCGGAUGUGGUUGAGGUGUGUGUGGUUGGUAUAUCCGACAUAAUAUACACACAUUUGCCAGCAGCAGCUGUCGUUAAACUUCCACAGAGCAAUUUGACUGAGCAAAUUGUAUGUAAUCAUGUUGCUAAUAGUAUGCAACAUUUCGAACAAUUGCGCGGUGGUGUUUAUUUCUUCGAUAGUUUACCGCGUACCAUAUCCGGGAAGACUCUUCGCCGCGAGGCUACCAAGAUCUGUGAAAAUAUCCAUGGGAAUAAUUUGUACAGCAGAAAUAUUCAAUAAAGUACUAUUAUGUUUUAUAAAA